GACCACCUCCAAGAAGGGACGGAAAAUGCAGUGGCAAAUACUUAUGCGGCGAUUGAAGAUGUGCCAUGGCCCAGACGUUUUGUACAUUCAUUAAGCAGCAGCUUGCCAUGGAAAUCUAUUUUUGUAUUUCUUCCUCGAUUAUGUAGGAUUCAUCAUCUUCGUACAUUUUUACAACUUUUUUCGCCCUCCAUUGAUUCGCUAAAGACGGGCCUUUGUUGAUAGGAUGUGAUUGGCCCUGGCGGCCAGCGGCUGGUCCCUGAGUUACAACUCCCAGCACAAGAUGAUUUUAAAGCACGGACGAGGAAAUUGUGCCGCGGGGCAGUACUACAUCGGUAGUAGAAGACCAUUACAACACGGAAGGAUAUUGAACGACAAAUCCGAGGAUGUUAUGGAGAUCUCCUCCCUGUUUGUCCCGCCACGGAAGAUAAUCGCGAGCAGGCGGGGUUUCAUGGUGCAGCUUUUGUCCUCGCGCAUCAUAUUUGCCCUGCUUGUAGUAGUUCUUCCCACACUGCAAAUCGGAUGUGAUGAUUGGAAACAAGUAGCCAAUGCUGUCACGAUCCUGACCAGCAGGGCAGGAGAAGCCUCUACAACUUCCAGUAGAUCAUCAUUCUCCGAGGAAAGCGAACAAGUCACCGCGUACGAACAGAAAAACACCAACGGGACUAAAUCGCCGUUGAUGUCGACGAAGAGUUUAAUAAGCUCUUGGGAAAGCGAUAGCGAAAGACAAAGUAGAGAUGAACGUGAAGCUGCGACGUCACCUCUUGACAACAUUAAAAGCAGCCUGCUCCAGCAGCAGGGGGCUGGGAACACCGCACUUCAACAAGCCGCGAUUGAGCAAAUCAGGACCGGCGUUGACCCGAACCUGUAUGAAUGGACGGAGAACGGCUACUGUUCCUGCCAAGGAAACUUCUGCCCGACGCGCUUCGCCAAUGGUUUCGGCGGUCCGCUUGGUUUCGCGAAUUGCCAACGCAAUUGCACAGAAAACCCCGCAUGUAUGGGAUUUGCCUACUCAGGGAACUGUGUGUACUCCGUCCAGCACAAACUGGUCGACGGCGUCAUCGGUCCAGACGGUGAUGCGUUUUUAGCUGGCCCGCUUUUGUCUGAUCCUAUGAACCGUUUGCGGGGGGAUGAGACAGGCGACGACUGUAUUGUGAGGAAAAAUCCCCCCUCCCCAUGUCGAGAAGGAGACUUGUGAUGCUGAUUUGUGACCACACAGCAGCUCUGUCUUGCAUAUGGGGCAAAUGGGAUCCGUUUAGCGCAUUUCACCGCCAAUCUGUGAUGCGGUUUUACAUACUGCAAAGGUGUCUGCCAUGCCUAAGUCCUAGCCUGCUGCAUGCCCAAUCAGGCUCAGGAAUUGCCUGUCCAAGCGCCUUCUGCACUACAGCGGUGAUUUGUGUACAGAAAUCCAGCAACAGAAAUUUCCUUUUUUCUAUGGGGUGGGAGCUUUUUUCACUUUGAUAGACUGGACCAAAAGACUCCGCAUGGCAACGUGGAUAAGAUACGGCUGCGUGCGAAAAAUAUUAAAGCCGGAAACUGCUUCAACCUCUCGGAGCCCCCAAGCGGAGCAGGCCCUUGUAAGCAAGUACCGCUCGGUCGUCGCGUUUCAGGGCCUCUGCGGAUGCGGGCCGCUCAGCGUAUGCAAAACGAAACGCUUCGCGCACCUCGGCCUGCACUCGUCACAGCUAGACUGCGAGCGGCUAUGCGAGGAAGACCGGAACUGUGCGGCUUAUCAAUUUGGCGUGGUGUCGGAAGCGCUUGGGCGGUACCACCCGCUAUCCCGCGAAAAAACUGUUUCACUGUGAUGGUUUUGCAAGAUUCGCAUGACAAGUUUGCUACACAUGACACAGAAAAUUUGCCAUGCGCUUUUCCCAAGGGAAAACACGCUUAAAAAUCCAUUGUGUUGCAGGUGUAGCAAGACAAACCCUUUGGUGUUUCGUUCUCUGCAUCACAGGUUCACAGUGAAACAGUUUUUUCUUGCGAUACCCGCAUGGCCUGAACUACAACGCAAAAAUUGCUGGAACGUGUCGCCUAUCCUGUGCAAAAGUAUCGCACUCGUAUUGCAAUCAUGCGUUACAAAUCUUUUUCUCAAGCUAAUCAGCAUUACAAAUUUUAUUUCUCAUGCUGAGGAAAUUUGUAAUGCAUUUGUACGAGUAGGAGUACGAUACUUUUGCAGUUCAUAUCGCCUGUAUGAGUCCACGUGGAACAGCCAGACAAGUACCGUGAGUGCGCCCGACCGAGCCUUUGGGCCGUAUGAGAUUUACAACACUCCUACGAGAGUGGUGCACAACUCCUCCUCCCUCUCGUCAAUUGUCAUGCAAAAUCCCAAAUCUUCCAGUUGGUGCCUUGUGGCACUCUUUCCAUGACAAAUUUCAGAAGUCCAAAGAGUACUACACUCGGCGCGUGAAGUUGUCAUGCACAAGCUCCACGCGUGGUGGUGGUUGUGGUGCUGUUCAUGCUAUACAAAUGAGGAGGAGGGGGAGUCCGUUGUGCGCUCUCAUAGCCCCAGCGGGGACCUGGUACUCAGAUGUGAACGAGGACAAUUAUCCUACGUAAAAACGUCCCCACACCAUAGUCAAGAUGGGAAAUCUGCAAGACAAAUCUCCAAGAAGUUCUGGGAGUUCUGCAUGACAAGUUUCCAUCUGCAGUGUAGUGCUGGUUAGCAAGGAAAGCCGCAUGAGAAAGCCAUUUACUCAUCCUGUUUACAGCAUUACAAAUUCCAAAACACGACUGGGGAUGCCUCUCAAGGAGAUGUGCACUACAAAUAUUCCUGUCAUUGCGCAUUUGCAUGACAACUCUGGGGUGGGGAUGUUUUUCCUCAGAAUAACAAUGUUUUCAUGUUUCCGAGAAAAACCGACGACGACGGGAAGGUGCUAGAAAUCGACAACUUUUUAUCCCACGAAAAAAGUGGUACAGUUACACAUCUGCUGUAACUUCAGCAUCACAAGUUUCCUCUGCAUGACAGAGAAAACUUGCAAUGCAAAGAUCAUGAGGGAAAACAGGAAGGAAACGAGGCUCCAAAGCAUUUCCUGCAUGAGAAAGGUUGUCUGUGUUGCCGGUCUUGCAUGACAAUGUGUAACUGUAACACUUUUUUCUCCCCAUACUUUUCUCCAGUGGAGGACUUUUGGUGGGUUAACGAAUUCUGCAUGAAGAAAAUGCCUGCGGGUACUACAGGAUAUGCAUUGCAAAUAUGUCUGGGUCCUCGUCUGGAAGAAUGAAGCCUGUCAUGCGAAAUCUGGAUCACAAAAGAAUCUGUGUUGCAUGAACGGCAACAGUUUUGUUCGCGAAUUUUUUUUAUACGGAAUAGGCAUGAGGAAGGUCUGAAAAUAAAAUCUGUGAAGAUGCUUGUGUGUGCAUUACAGACCAUAAGUCGUGUGGUCCGCGAGAUGCAUGACAAAUCUUGCAACUUCUUUCCACACCCAGACACUUUUGCACUUGAUACAGGAACAACAAACGCCAACAGCAACGGGAAGAACACUGGCGAGGGGUUCUUGGCCAACGCGAACGCAACAAAUAAAACCAUUACGGGAGCAGGUGUACUAGAUCAAGAUGCUUUAACCUUUCUCGAUUGCUGCUUCUACGGAACCAUUGUCAUUGCAGUCUUGCUGAUAUGCACUGCAAAAACAUCGUACUUACUAGUAUGAGUCGCAUGACAGAUUUCCUCAGCUUGAGAAAUGAAAUUUGUAAUGGAGAUUUAACUUGAGAAAGAAAUUUGUAAUGCAGGAAUGCGAUUAGUACGAGUGCGAUACUUUUGCAGUGCAUGACUGACACUCGCAUUGGUCUUUGUGCUCUUCCUCUUCCGCAAGGAAUUGCAACAGCUGCGAGGGUAUGGAUUGUAAAAAUGUCUGGGUCUGGAAGAAUGCAAGAUUUGUGAUGCAGCUUUUCCAUGACCCAUGAGGUCUGGAAUGCAGGACCUAGCAUGACAGAUGCUGCGCGAUCUCUCUCAUCCUCAUGCCUAUCCUGCAUGAGAAACUCCCUCCCGACUUGGUCAAAACUGGACGGCUUUUGGUAGUUAUGCAACACAGAUUUUUGCAUGCUUGAGAUUUAGCAUGACAAGUUGCAAUCUUCCAGACCCAGACAUUUUUACAAUCCAUAGAGGGACAGGCAAGCAGAAGCGACGAGGCCCGGCGGCGCAGCGGUGGCGCCACAGGAGCAGAGCCUACGCAAAAGAUGCACAGCAGCACCCUCUUUACAACAAGAAGUACGAGCAGGUUGAUGAAGUUGGAGGGAAGAUGUUGAAAAGGACCACGGCAGUCGUCCCGACGGCGCAUCACCGGCAGGGAAGAAGAACUCCUUCUGCCCCCCGCGGGGGUGAUCAUGAAGAUCAUCAUCCGCGUGCUGGACGAGGAGGUACUGUCAGCACAGCGACGCUGAGAGAUCGAAGGCCAGGGAUGAACAAAGGGAGACAUCAACCCGGUAGUUCCCCAACAACUGGUGCGCAGCAGGGGUCGCGACGUGGAGUAGACGUUGUAAACAAGAGCGCCAAGAAAAUGAAUACUGGUGCGACCACAACUACCUCGUCCCGGCCGGUAGACGCCUUGUCACGAAAAAUGGUUCUCAACGUACAACAAGAACCACCACCACGGCAGCUGUCGGGGGUUUCUGAGGAGGCAGGAAACACGACGCAUGCCAUGGAAACAACAGCUGCGACUACAGCGCAUGAAGAUCGAAACGUGUCCAUCCCGAUUAUCGCGGUCGGAAAUAUGCAUUGCAAAAGUAUCGUAAUAUAGUAGAAAUGGAAAUCGCGUUACGAAAACGAACUGGCUCAGCAUUACAAAGAAAUGGAAUCUGUCAUGCUGAUUUAAAUUAGAAGGAAAAUAAGAAUUUGUCAUGCAUAGCUGCAAUUACUACGAGUGCGAUACAACUUUUGCGGUUCAUAGGAAGGAAAGAACAGCAACAACUGCAGGACGCGAUGGAUUUUGACAAAGCUAUGCUGGCGGCGGAAAUGAAUGACAGGAGAUGAAGCAGAUGAUACUACGUCCUCACACUAUGUUCUCUGACGCAGAUGAAACUACUUCCUAAUCCUAAAUGCUAUAGCAGAGACAACAGUGGAUCGUGCUGUGGCAUAGGAAGUAGAUCAAAAGAGGACCACGGAGUUUACUUAUUUCCAAAACCACGACCGUCGUUUCUUUUCGAAAUUAUUUUGUUUUCUGGUACUGGAUACUGCGAUCAUUUGAAGACCACGGGAUUCUUGUGUCGCGACAUGAUCACGACCACGUGGCUCCUGCGACGCAAGACAACACAAAUUUUGAAAAGUACUUUGAUUUUUUCGUUUC